AUGUAUCGUCGACCCAAAGAGACGCGACAUGUUACGUUGUUCCCCAAACGAGUAAUUCAUAUUCCUUCAAUACGAACCCAAGUGGCUCAUAAGGACAAUCUUCAUCAAUACUCUUCUGACCGUCGCUGGCCUAAUCCUGAUGAUGGCAAUGACGUAGUCAAGCCCGCGGCCUUGCCGUCUACGGAAAACAGAAUAAGUUCUCAUCAAAACCAAAUUUCACCCCCCUGGGACUCUCAAACUAGCGAACCGAAAGAUAGGGAUGAUGUUUUGGAGGAAGAGCGCAAUGCACUUGAGCUAGCCGAUGCGGCUUUAGGCCAACCACAGCGGGUCGGCCGAGUGCCUUUCUACACCGGACAUGAUCUCGGUCCCACGUCUGCUUUGAAUAUCUGCGUACCUGACAAGUCGCUAUCGAGACACCUGCUCAUCCCACCUGGCACUUCGACUAUCCUGUCGGAUGAAGAUCGGGAGUAUCUCCAAAAAAAGGGCGUUUACAAGAUACCUGAGAAUGAAGUCUGCAACAGCCUUCUGCGUGCCUACUUCACGCAUGUACAUCCUAUCAUACCUGUCAUUGAGCCUGACGUUAUCCUGAAUCAUCACACCGCGGGCCGACUACGUGAAUUUAACCUCUUGCUUCUGUGGUGCAUAUUUUUUGUUGGAGCAAAUUUCAUUUCGCCAGAAAUAUACGAACUCGAAGGCUAUGGAUCCCGAAAGGAGAUGAAGGCUGCGAUGUAUUCUCGCGCAAUUUGUUUGUAUAACAACGGGGGAGAAAGAGACCAAAUCGUUCUUCUACAAGCCUCUCUGCUGAUGGGAUUUUGGCAUUCGGAAGUCGAUGAACAUACACAGCCAUGGUAUUGGAUAGGCGUUGCAGUCAGCCUCUGCCAGAUGCUAGGCUUACAUCGCGAUCCAGACUCGUCCAAGUAUAAUUCUUCUAUUACAGAUCGACAGCGACGCUUGUGGCGUCGCCUCUGGUGGACCUGCUUCUCCCGGGAUCGGUGGCUGAGUCUUACGUUGGGUAGACCCUUGCGGAUUGAUCUCAAGGACUGUGAUAUGCCGAUGCCAACCCCCGAUGACCUGCUUAGUGACAUUCAGGGCAUUCCCCAAUAUUCAUCCGCAUCUUACCUACCCAGUAAUCUAGCGCGGUUGAGUACAUAUUGGAUCACAUAUAUCGAGUUGAGCAGGCUGCUAGGCACUGUCCUGAUAAUGAACUAUCAGACCCAGAGACCAACACCUAUGUUGCAACAGGGCCUAGAUCUCAAUUCCCAAGAGAACUGGAAUUAUCGGAUGUCCCUUAGAGCUGAUGCUGCUGCCUCUCGAACCAAUGUUAUCAUUGAGUCCAUCGUCCAAGAUGGCCUUCUUGAUUUUGCGGGCCCUAUGACACCUCCGCUCUUGGUCCCCGCAAUGCAAAUGCACCUCCUUCGGUGUAAAGCAGCCGGGUCUCUCCCUAAACGUCUCCAACUCAACAAGCUAUAUACGUGCCUAAUGGUUUUAUCGGAACUACAAAAGACGUAUACGGUUGCCUCCAUAUAUCGCGGGGUAUUUGCCAGGGCUAUACACCAAAUAUUCCCAGAGUUCGCAACGAGCACGAUUCUAGCCCGGUCUCUUGGCGACUUUACUUCCAGUACUGGCACUGCCGAUUUAAGCACAGAGGCCGUCCCUAUGCCAGCCGAAGCCGAACUCGAUACCGAAGCAGCCGAUGACUUGAUCAAUAUGCUUUUCAAUGAUGAAGCUUCUAUUUUCAAUUUCUUGGACAUGAACCAGGUGACUGAAAAUUUCUCUUAUUAUGGCAGCGCUUAA